AUGCAGCAGUACGCCGCCUCGCCAGAAGAUUACGCCAGGGUGCUCCGAGAGCACACCUAUACCGCAGUGCCCGGCCUCCCUUUGCACGUCCUCCUCGACGCCCUUUUGUACAUCAUGGCCGACGACGAAGAUGUCACCAUCGACUUUGUGUCGCUUGGCAUGUUCAUUCUGGACGACAUUGAGUUCAAGCCGCCCAAACCCCCCGUCAAAGAUGUCGUCGGCGGUGCCGGUGCCUACUCUGCCAUCGGCGCUCGCAUCAUGUCUCCUCCGCCGCUUUCGCGCUCUGUCGGUUGGAUCGUCGACUGCGGCUCCGAUUUUCCUGACCAGGUCCGCGAGACGAUCAAGCACUGGGACACCAGCUGUCUACUCAGAGAAACCCCUCACCGGCUGACCACCAGAGGCUGGAACGGCUACGGCGACAAUGAACAUCGAGCUUUCAAAUACAUGACGGAGAAGAUCCGCAUCGACCAUGACGCUCUCACGCCGGAGCUACUCCUUUCCAAAUCUUACCAUCUGAUCUGCUCGCCGACGCGUUGCGUCGACCUGGUCACCAACAUCCUCUUCAAGCGCAAAUGCCUGGCCCCCGAUCGGUGGGUCAACCCGCCGCUCUUCAUCUGGGAGCCCGUGCCUGAUUUGUGCACGCCCGAGGAUUACGACGAGUGCCUCCAGGCGCUGCGGUACGUCGAUGUUGUGAGUCCAAACCAUGGCGAGCUAGGUGGGUAUUUUGGACGCAGUACCGUCACUCCCGAGGGGGAUGUGGAUAAAGCCGCGGUGCAGGAAUGCACAGAAAAAUGGCUGGACUCAGGUGUGGGAGCAAAGGGAAAUGGAGCGGUAGUGGUAAGGUGCGGGAAAGACGGCUGCUAUGUCGCUUCGCGGGAGCAGAAGACUUGGCUGCCAGCUUUCCACACGUCUUCGGAAGCUGUCGUCGAUCCUACUGGCGGAGGCAAUGGAUUUCUGGGAGGGUUGGCCGUUGGCUUGGUGCGUGGAGGCAACACGCCGGGCGUAGAGAAUGUCGAAGAGGCUGCCAUCUGGGGGAGCAUUGCUGCCAGUUACACAAUCGAGCAGGUCGGUAUGCCCGUUCUGGAGAAGGGAGAUACCGAGAAAGGAGAGAGAUGGAACGGUACUAGAGUAGAGGACAGACUGAGGGAGUUCAAAGAAAGAAUCGGAAGGCUGGAAAGUGACUGA